AUGUCUUCCACCCUCUUUGGAGCUCUUGCAUCGGCGCCGAAUGGCGAGUCAGUUCAUCAUGUGUACCAGACGGAAGAGAAUACCCUCAUCGAGAAGACCUUGACCAAUGAGCAGUGGUCCUUGCCUAAAAUCCUAGGUCCCGCUAAGGCAGGGACUGCGGCGGCAGCUUGCUUUCUAGAUCCAAAGGGAGUUAUUGUUUCGCUUGACGAGACGGGGAUUCUCCAGGACCAUGUAUACGACCCCGACGAGGAUGAGUGGCAGGACGGAUCACUUUCGAGUUUGAAAAUCAAAGCCCAUCCUGAAUCAAAGCUAGCUAUCACCAUACACGAUGAGUUUGUUCGUCUCUACUACCAAUGCCCUUCCGGAGGAAUUGCAGAAGCUACCUGCGACGCUUUAAUUGUUUGGGAACCAUCCAAGGAGCUUUCGGUUCCAAAGCCCAUUGCUGGCGCAGGUAUAUGUGUGGCCUCAACUGAUGACAGCCUCUGCUUGAGCUACGUUCACCAGGAUGGAUCACUCCAUCGAUCCACGUACCAGAAUGGGGAUUGGACAGACACAAGCCUAGGCAACACCACCGAUGGGGCCCCUCCGGUCCGCAUCCUGGCACUUAUCGGUAGUGCUAGCAUUUGUUACAGCACAAAGUCCGGCGAUCUGAUGGCGGUUGAUAACACCGGUACACAUCAAAGGCUAGGUGAGAUCAAUAAAGAUGGUGAGGUGCAAACGUUUGGCGGUAAGGAAUGCGGCGGUCUUGGCGGCAAUUGGCAGGUUGGCGGCGGUAUUGGUAUUGGUAUUGGCGGCGGUAUUGGUAUUGGUGGCGGCUUUAAUGGUGGUUUCAAUGCUGGCGGUGGCUGGGCACCAUUACCGGGAAUGGAUGGCUUGCAAGGUUUGAUGGCCGCUUUGGGAGGGCGCGGAUCCAUCCGCAUUCAUCAAAGAAGGGAUAGAGCGCAUGUUAGAAUCAGGAUGAGGUAG